AUGUAUGGAAAUAUUGUUCCAUUGACGACCGUUGGUGCGGCACAAGUUUUGCCCAACGCGGUUCUACAGGCGACAACUAAUGGAGUACCAGCGAACGCUGUAUCAAACAAUGAUUUCGUUAUUAUUCAAGAUACAACCGCAGCGACAGCUCAAGCUGAAUUAAUCAAUCAAUUACAGAAUCAUAUCACUGAAAAUCAACAAAUUCUGAUUAUUACCGAUGAUCAAGGACAAGAUCAAUAUGUUAUCAUCGACAAAGACCAAGAUAUCAAUGCACUUUUACAAGAUGGUUCGUUAUUCAAUCAUUAUACUGAUCAACAACAACUGGCUCAAGUUCCAGCUGGUCUACAACAGCAAAUUUUGCAAAUCGCGUCCAUGCCCACUCUUCAGACGGCACAUGUGCCAACAGUUGUUUCAACACCCGUACCUAUCCAACCAAAACCGACUCCGAAAGCAAUUGCACCGGCGACGAUGAAUCCAUCCAUCGUACCACAUAAACAAUCAUUUCAAAGCAAAGUGAAUACAAAUGCCUUUCACGUUCAAAACGUCGAAGAAUCAGUUCAACGUGUUACCGCUCCACCACCAAAGCGAAAGCCAAUUGAAAUUCAUUAUGAUCCAAAAGAAAAUUCUUUCCAAAAUGUGUUUUUGAAAUUUCUCGCGGGUGAAAAGCUCCCGUCGUUAGAAGCCCUAGCUAGUGAAUCUAUCAUGCGCAAACCCAAAGAUAACGUUUACAUCGGUGCAGUUAACGCUGGCAUUGUUCUCGGUUCUCUUGGUCAGCCAACUGGUACGAUGGGCUAUCAGACAUAUAUGGUUAAUGAUGAAUCACGUAUCGAAGAAAUUAUGGUAAUUGGCCGGCCUUUGUACGAUGAUAGUAAAGGUGUUAAAAUCAAUCCUUUAUUGAAAAAUCUUCCAACGAAUGCAAAUGCAAAUCAGGCAGCGACAUUUGUACCGCAGACAAUAACAUUAACGCCAAAUACACAACAGAAUAUCAAUGCCUUGAGUGGUUUGUUCCAUAAUGGACAGACUGUACAAGGUAUUCUCAAUAAUUCGACAACGAUUACUCUGCCGCAAGAUAUACUUAAUCAAUUAGCUGCUGGAACUUUAACUGUAUCAUCAGCAUCAGCACCGAACGGAACAGAAGGUAUUGAAUCAGCGACAGCAUCGGCAGCUGCAAUACUUAGUCAAUUGAAUGAAAUGGUACAAGGUCAACAACAACAACAAACAAAUCAAAAUGCAAUCAAUGAAAUGAAUCGAGUACAAAGUGAAAAGGAAACAGCUGAUGCACUAUUAGCAGCAGCGAUCUCCAAAUCGAAUUUCGGCUCCAACCAACCAAAUGGACAAUCAGAAAUGUACCAACAAUCAUUAACAACUCAAUCGACAAAUACCAAUUCGUUAUACGACAUGAAAAGCGAACAAGCACUGUCAACAGCUGCAAAACAACAAGAAUCGGCGGUGUCAACAACAACUGAUCAAGCAAUGGCAGUUACUACUGCAGGAGAACAUCAGUUUAAUGAAGGAGCGGCAGAAACAGGACCAGAGAUCCCAUUUGAAUUGGGCCAAUUUUUGCUAUACAAAGGUCACUUUCUCAAUCUGCUUCAUUUUCCAAUAUGGAAAGUUCAUACCAAAACACUUCUACUUAAAUAUGAUACCGUACUUGCUGAUUCUGAAAUCGCAUGGGAAGCUACGGAUGAAGGGAUGUUUUAUACCAACGUCUACGAAGAUUAUGUUCCACUCAAAUGCGAACUCAAAGGUUUGCACAACAACCAAGAGGUUGUUCGUAUCGUCAACGAAUCACAUCCUAUCAAACUAAAAAUUCAUGGUCAUAUGAGUUCAGUUCGUAUUCAACAUGAUGUGUAUGCCCAAGUAUUAGUCAAUCACGUUUACGAUGCUGAUGUCUUGCCAAGAAUUAAAGCUAAUACUGAUGAAUAUGCGACUUAUAUUCGCUUAAUUGAUGAAAUUCUUGAACAACGUUAUAAUUAUGUGAUUCAAUCCCGACGUACCAUCGAAACCUUUCCCUGCGCUGUUGCUAAAUAUCCAUUGCUCGAUAUCAUCGCACAACCACAAAGACAAUUGCAUUGUCAAGUCACAGAAGACAAAUCUCAGUCUGUCACACAUACACUACGUUUCCAUGGAAAUCAAUACGAUGUUGAUACAUUAAAAGCGAGUGAAACGCCGUUACAAACACUGGAAAUCUUUGUUUGUGAAAACAUCGCUGCUCUAGCUCAAACGGCUCAUCAACUAAAACAUCAUAUCUAUCACAUGUUUUGUCAUGCUCAACAAAAAGUUGCGGAACUACAAACAUUGAAUCCAACUGCUGAUGCGACGGAAUUAAUCAGCGCAAUCUGUGGUGACACAACCUGGUUACAAGAAUUAUUUGAUCGAUUCGAUUCCAUAAUGCGUCAAGCUGAUACAUAUAUUUUCUCUAAUGUUGACAUCGCUUGGUAG